AUGGACGAGACCACGUUCAGUGAACCACCCCGGAAACGUGCGCGAAUCAGUUCUCUACAAGACCAACCUGAUCCAGUAACUGCAGACAACGAUUCAGAAUCGCCAGCAUGGGAUCAACUGCAGAGUCCUUAUCAUCUGACAGACUACUACACGGAUCAGCACAACUCACCGGCUUUAGCUAUUAACAGUGACCCUUUCCAGUCGCCAGCAGCUAGCUGGACCCAGGAUGGCUUCUCACAGGACCCAGGUUACCUAGCAUCUCAGGAAGAGCUGCGAUGCAUACUCUUCUCCCUCGCCAAUUCGACUGCUCCAACACGGGUGUCCAGUCCAGACACUGUGGGAAGGUUCGAAAUAGCCGAACAUUUACCACGCUCAAAAACACACCAGCCAGAACGAAGAGGAGAGCUCUUGCAAUCUUCUCUGUCGAGCCGGAGGCGAAUUGAAUAUCUGAAAAAUUAUGUGGCUGAGGUAGCACCUUGGGUAUGUAUUGGCGUCGCCAUCUUGAAGGCUGCGCGGCCUUGUUUGAUGCGUUUGGUAUUCAUGGCUUCAGCCAGGGCAUUCUGCAGGCAGUGUUCUGGUGCUACGCUAGAAUGGGUGAGUCUAGAGCUGCAUUAUAUCCCUUUCUUUUAUACAUUGUGCCUUGUUACUGCAUUAUUUCAAUUGAUUCUGACUGAAGUAGAUUUGUGCGGUGCGCUUAUUUCAGAUGGCACACAGACCACGCUUCUGCAUCCCUCUAAAUGGCUUCCGGAAGGCUAUCGGACAGAGGACGCGCAUCAGCUGUUCCAGAGUGUCAAGUCGCCAGAUAUGCAUGCAAAUUAUGCGGUGUAUUUGUGCGUGAAAGCGACCGAGCUGGUGUCCGACCGUACAAAGUUUGUGGAAUUAGGUGAAGACAAUGGGUGUACGCCAGAGAGGUUCCGCACACGAUGGCUCAGUCUCUGGAAUGACCUACAAUGCUGGUUUUCCGAGCGUCCCAGCGAGCUUCUUCCAGUGCAGACAGUCAACCGCAAGCCCUUCCCUCAUAUCCUGUUCGUCCACUGGGCUGCUAUCUCGUCAAACCAACUGUACCACACAGCAUGCAUACUAUUGCUGAAGAUGAUGCCCAAGGAAAUCCGGCUUCCCAGAUCGCCAACUUUGUUUCCUCUAUGGCAUGCUCGCCGAAUAUGUGGCAUUUCCCUGGCAAACCCACACCAAGGGUGCUUGAACAACUCUAUCCAACCACUGUGGAUUGCCGGACAACUAUUCAGUCACGCCUCGGAGCAUGAAGAGAUUAUCAGGCUGAUUCAAAGCAUCGAGGCCGAAACUGGCUGGGGAACAUGUUGGCGGAUUCGGGAUCUGGAGGUUGCCUGGGGUUGUUCCGGAAUGAGAGGAACAUGA